ACGGCAGCUGAGCAGAGCAAAUGUCGGUUGUAUGCUGCUCUUCCGCCACUGGCCCAGUUCAAAGAGUUUGCGGAGGUGGAUGCAAGCACAUCUAGCGACUAGCGAGACUCUCUCUCUGGCUAAACGAAAACCACCUCUUUAUUUUUUUCGGUAUUAUUGAUUGUGUGCCGUGCCGCAGCCUCCGCCGAGAUGAAUCCCUGCCAUGUGUGCCAAGAGCCCACAAAGAACAAGUGCUCCAACUGCAACCUGGUGUCCUACUGCAGCGUCCAGCAUCAGAAGCAGGACUGGAAAACGCACAAGCCCAGCUGCCAUCCAUUCAAGAUCGCCCACAAUGAACAGCUGGGCCGGCAUCUGGUGGCCACACGCACCAUCAAACCGUACGAGAUCAUCCUAAAGGAGGCUCCUCUGAUGCGUGGACCUUCUCAGAUUUCGGCACCCGUUUGCCUGGGCUGUCUCAACAGCAUCGAGGCAGAUGAUCACAUUGACUGCUCGGAGUGCGGCUGGCCAUUGUGCGGCCCGGAGUGCAAGUCCCUGGAUGAGCACAAGGCCGAGUGCGGCCUGACCAAGGAUCGGGGUGACAAGGUCAAUGUGACUGAGUUCAAUGGGCCUCAUCCGCUCUACACUUGCCUGAGCACCGUGCGAUGUCUGCUUAUUGGCGAGACGAGUCCGGAGAAGGCAAGCAAGUUCCAGGAGCUGGAGUCGCUGGAGUCCACCAGAAGGGGCUCCAAUCAAUGGAAGGCGGAUCUGACCAGCAUCGGGCAGUUUAUACCAAAAUUCUUCAAGACCCAGAAAUUCAGCGAGGAGGAGAUCAUGCGAGCUGUAGGUGCCCUGCAGAUCAAUGGCCACGAAGUGCCCAUAUCAGAUCCACCUCAUGUGGCUGUCUUUUACACUGCCUCCUUUGUGGAGAACUCCUGCCUACCCAAUCUGGCCAAGAGCUUCAACAAAAACGGUCACUGCAUCCUGUGGGCACCGCGAGAGAUCAAGAAGAAUGCUCACCUUAGCAUUUGCUAUUCGGAUGCAGUGUGGGGCACUGCCGAUCGCCAGCGCCAUCUGAUGCAGACGAAGCUCUUCAAGUGCGCUUGCGUGAGAUGUGUGGAUGUGACCGAGCUGGACACCCUUUACAGUGCCAUCAAGUGCGAGGAUCGCAAGUGUGGUGGUCUAAUGCUGCCCAUCAAGGAUGAUGACUGGAACGGCAGUUGGCGCUGCCGUGAGUGCCACAAGCAGGUGCAGAAGCACUAUGUGGAGCGCAUUUUGGAGCGAGCUGGCCAGGAUAUCCACAGCAUGGAAAAGAAUGUUGAAAGUGGUUUAAAAUACCUCAAGCACUAUGAAAAGUGGCUGCCGCCGCAGCAUUACCACAUGAGUGAGAUCAAGAUCCUGCUGGUCCAACUACUGGCCAAGGAUCAGCAAGAGCUAAUGGUGAUCCCAGACGACCGUCUUCUAUUGAAACUACAAUUUGCUCGCGAGCUCAUCGAGUUGUACGAGAUAAUAGCGCCGUGUGAAGUUCGCAUGCUCGGCACGCUUUGCUUCGAGCUGCACUCGGCUAUUGCCGAGCAGACACGUCGCGUGGCCCUGGAAACGAGCCUGUCGCCCAAGGACCGCCUGGAGGAGUCCCUUUUCUAUGUGGACAAGUGCGUCAACUAUCUGCAGUACGAGUCGGACAUCUUUGUCGAGGGUCACAUGCUCAAGCAGGCCAAGAUUAACCGCGAUGCCCUGCGCAUGGUCACUAGGAUCUCCUAAGUAAUCAUAAGCCUGUAUUGAAAUUACCAAUAAAUUGCCUUAACUGGA